CUGAUUGAGUAAUUGUGCAGCAGCACCAGCCCCUAAAACGCUUUCACGAAAUUGACGGUGUCGGUGAUCCCCAGUUUCUCUCCCACAAGGCAAUAGAAACAAAGAGAACCGAAUCCGGUUGAGAAGGGUCGGAUCGGACAGGAAUGGCGGCAUCGAGGCGGCUCCGGGACCUACAAUCGCAAGCGGGGAACAAGAUCUGCGUGGACUGUGCCCAAAAGAACCCGCAGUGGGCGUCGGUGUCCUACGGCGUCUUUAUGUGCUUAGAGUGCUCCGGCAAGCACCGCGGCCUCGGUGUUCACAUCUCCUUUGUCCGAUCCGUGACCAUGGACUCCUGGUCCGAGAUCCAGAUCAAAAAGAUGGAGGCCGGCGGGAACGAGCGGCUCAACGCGUUCCUCGCCCAGUACGGCGUCCCCAAGGAGACCGAUAUCGUCACCAAGUACAACACUAAAGCCGCCAGCAUCUACAGAGACCGAAUCCAAGCCCUAGCCGAGGGACGACCCUGGCGGGACCCUCAGGUCGUUAAGGAGAGCCUCGGGGUCGGGAAGUCCAAGCCCCCGCUGGCGCAGGGCAGGAACGGUAGUUACGGGAACACCGGAGGCUGGGAUAGUUGGGACAACGAAGACGGGUCCAGAUCCUCUUCCACCAACGAUUUGAGGCGGAACCAGUCGACGGGCGACGUUAGAGGUGCCCCGGGCGUGGGCGGCGCGCCGGUGAGGUCGAAGUCGACGGAGGACAUUUACACGCGGUCGCAGUUGGAGGCCUCUGCCGCGAACAAGGAGAGCUUCUUCGCAAGGAAGAUGGUCGAGAACGAUUCCCGCCCCGAGGGACUUCCGCCCUCGCAAGGGGGCAAGUACGUCGGCUUUGGAUCCUCUGCCGCGCCUCCGCCGAGGAACGAUUCGCAAGGCGAUAUGUUUUCCGUUGUUUCUCAGGUCACAAUUUGA